UCAUGUUGGGAGGUAUGACAGUGUGCGGGUUAUCUUUAAAAACACAAGAUCUCAUACCUCAUCUUACUGUCCGGAAUGCUCCUUACUAAGCCGUGCCAUAACAUAAUACAUACAAGCAUAUAGUACUGAUGCUGCCUGUGUGACAUUAUAUACGCACUGCGCACAUUACACUCUGAGUCCCGGGCAAACGUAUGAGCAGCCGGUAUCACCACAUACAUAUAACCGGCACUGGCAGAGAGCAGGCAAGGCGGAUGCGUGUCCGGAAGUGUGUCCCAUCCGGCGCUCCGUACAUCAGUGUGCACUGUCGCUUGUGUUCCCCUGGGUGCCGGCAGUGUGUAAUAGUGUGUCUGUAGUAGACUGUGAACAGCGUUAUGGCUGCAGAUAAAGGGGAACUGGAUCUGAGUGGAGCUAAGCAGAACACGGGCAUGUGGCUUGUAAAGCUUCCCAAGUACUUGGCACAGCAAUGGGCGAAGGCCUCAGGAAGGGGUGAAGUGGGAAAGCUGAGAAUUGCCAAAAACCAAGGAAAGCCUGAGGUGUCAUUUACUCUGAAUGAGGAGCUUUCAAACAUUCAGGAUAUUGGAGGAAAACCAGCUGCAACCUUUGUUACUGCGCCCCGAGAACAUCCUUUUCAAUUACAGAGUGUGGGAGGACAGACACUAACUGUGUUUACAGAAAGCCUAUCAGGACAGUCUGAUGAUAAAUCUGAGAUCAGGACAACUGAUAAAUUGGCCAUUGAAGGUAUAGUGGUGCAGCGGGCUGAAUGCAGACCAGCAGCAAGUGAGCACUACAUGCAGAUGAAGAGACGACAGAUAGAAGAAUCUUCCAAACCAAAGAGACAGUCGCUACAAAUUGAAAAGGCUGUAACAACUAAUUACAAGCCAGUGUCCAAUCAUCAGAAUAAUAUUGAGUAUGAAAAGAAGAAGAAAGACGAUGGCAAGCGUUCCCGCGUGGACAAGCAGCAGGUUCUGGACAUGCUGUUUUCUGCCUUUGAAAAGCAUCAGUAUUACAACAUUAAAGAUCUAGUAGACAUUACGAAACAGCCUGUGACAUAUUUAAAAGAAAUCUUGAGAGAGAUUGGCAUUCACAAUGUGAAAGGAGCUCACAAGAACACGUGGGAGCUGAAGCCAGAAUACAGACAUUACCAAGGAGAUGAAAAGAGUGACUAACAGUGAGAAGAGACAUGGGGGAAGAGACCACACAGCUGAGGACAUGAACACACACAAACUUUUCUGUUUUUAAUUGUUUUGUAAAACUGAUCUGCAGCACAAUGCAAAGAAAACAGGUUAUUAGGAAAAACUUUGUUCAUGGGCACUUCUUGGUAUGUAAACAAUACUUUGCACCUGCCACAGAGUUUUUAUUAUUAAAAAUGAGCCUACAAUUUCUAAAUAUUUUUGUAGAAGUCUGUUUGGGGCAUGAUCAGUCCCCUUCAGAAAUAAAAGUGUUGUUUUAUUCGUAGAA